GCGCGCGCCCGCCCGCCGCGCCCGCCCUCCUCCCCUGCGGCUCCGCCGGCUCUCGGACCCGGGGGCGGCCUGUGGCGCCCGAGCCCGGCCGGACUGCGCGCCUCGGACCUUGAGGGGAAACAUGCAUUUGGCUCGGAUCGGCUUAGAUUCUUAGUUUGGGGUCCCCGCCCGCGCCUGCUUCUUCCGCCCCUCGGGGGCUCUGUCUCUGCCCUCUCUCUCUGGUUUUUUCUUUUUGAUUCCCCCCUCCCUCUCUCCGGGUCUCCUUUUUGCCCCCCUCCCCCCUGUAUGCUCGCCCAGCCCUCCCCCCGCUGCUGAGAGGUGGGGGAGGGUCUCGGCCUCCAGGUUCCCGCCCCGCCGGGGCCCGGGCGAGCAUGGGGGGCAAGCAGAGCACGGCGGCCCGCUCCCGGGGCCCUUUCCCGGGGGUCUCCACCGAUGACAGCGCGGUGCCUCCGCCUGGAGGGGCGCCCCACUUUGGGCACUACCGGACCGGCGGCGGGGCCAUGGGGUUGCGCAGCCGCUCGGUCAGCUCGGUGGCGGGCAUGGGCAUGGACCCCAGUACGGCCGGAGGGGUGCCCUUUGGCCUCUACACCCCCGCCUCCCGGGGGACCGGCGACUCCGAGAGGGCGCCCGGCGGCGGAGGGUCUGCGUCUGACUCCACCUAUGCCCAUGGCAAUGGUUACCAGGAGACCGGCGGCGGUCACCAUAGAGACGGGAUGCUGUACCUGGGCUCCCGAGCCUCGCUGGCGGAUGCUCUACCUCUGCACAUCGCACCUAGGUGGUUCAGCUCUCACAGUGGUUUCAAGUGCCCCAUUUGCUCCAAGUCUGUGGCUUCUGAUGAGAUGGAAAUGCACUUUAUAAUGUGUCUGAGCAAACCUCGCCUCUCCUACAAUGAUGAUGUGCUGACUAAAGAUGCGGGUGAAUGUGUGAUCUGCCUGGAGGAGCUGCUUCAGGGGGACACGAUAGCCAGACUGCCCUGCCUGUGCAUCUAUCACAAAAGCUGCAUAGACUCAUGGUUUGAAGUGAACAGAUCUUGUCCGGAACACCCUGCGGACUGACCCUGCCAGGCUUGCUUGCCGACUCCUCUCAAAGGUUUAUUUUAUUUAUUCCAAGUAAAUGCCCAGAACAGCUGAUGAUGUCAGACAAACCGGGGACACUUGCUCUUUUUACCUUCACCUCAAAAUCUGAUGGCAUGGGGAGAAGAAAAAGCAAGGGCGCGAGUGAGGCAGAGGGAGUGGAGCCUGGCGCAUGGCGCGGGCCAAAUUCCCAGCAUGAUGCUUGGCUUCUGGGGGACCUGCCUGGACCGAACCACAGACACCCCGCCAGCCUGCCCUCGGGGGGACCACAGACACCCCGCCAGCCUGCCCUCGGGGGGACGUGCUGCUGCCACCAAGGGAUGCAGCAGUGGCCUCAGCCAGACGGAGCACAGCUGACUUCUUCUGACUCAUACAGGGACAGACAGCCCCUGUUCCUGGGAGGAGGCUCCUCGGACACUGGACAGAGCUGAGCUUGGGACCCCCAGAAGGAACAGGGCACCCCUUCUGCACUGACUUCCAGAAAUCGGUCCUCCUUCCUCCUCGAGGACACCCAGUCAGAUGAGAGCGAGUCUGAGAGAAGAGUGAAUCUACUGCUAUCCUUCCCCUCACCCUCCGCCCAGGAGGGAAAAGGGCAUUUUCUUUUUUCACCUUUGAAAAGUGUGUGGGUCUGUCUUCAAAGUGUUUACAAAAAAAAAAAAUUAUAUAAAAAAAAGUCUAGUGUCGACUGGUGUUUUCCCUCGUGAUGUUUACAGAUUGCUGUUUGCUGCCCAGCUGUAACCCACUCAGUGACAGACCACACAUAGCCAUGUCCUCGCUGCCAGCCCGACGGCAGGCGGCACAGUCCCUUCCUUUGCCCAGCGCCCCACUUGGCUCUCUGCAUCACCAACCUCUCUACCUUGAGAGUUUGGGGUUGUUUUUUGGUUUUGUUUUUCCAUAUUUGUUUUCUGGCUUAGUUUUGCACUUUCUCCCCUAAGAAUCCUGAUAGCCACAUGAUUUCAUUGCCAAAAACA